AUUGUGCUCUUAUAAGACACUUUGGACAGCAAUGCACACUAUAGCCUACUUCACCUUCCCAACAGCAUGUUACUAUUAGCUACUGAAUUAAAAGAAAACAGUCACAAUCUUAUAGUAGAAGUCCUGUAAAGACCAUCACAUCGGAGCAGACGUCCUCCUAACAGCUCUCAUACAGGACUGCAGCAGGACUUUAAACAUUUGUUCAGGAUGAACAGAAAUCCACAGGAGGAAAUUGAGGACAUCGAGGAAGAAGAAGCAGCUAACUAUGUUAAUGUACCAGCAUGCACUGUGGAUAGAGUGGCAGCUCGUCCAGACCAGAGGUUUCGCUACUGUUGGUCAUCAUGGGCCUCCGUAUAUACUUUACCAAUCGCAACCUCAACGACAAAUUCUGCGUCUUAGAAAACCAGAUCACAGACCUGACUGCAGUAAACCAGAAUGUCAGUCGAGCUCAGUGGAGCAUUGAUGAAUACUGCCCCAAAGAAAAUAACGUUUCAGAGAGACAGUGUAGAGCUUGUCAAAAGGGCUGGAUGCUCAUCCAGUCCACCUGCUAUCUGAGUAGUGAUCGUUUUGAUCAGAAAACCUGGGAAGAAGCUCGAGAAGACUGCAGAGCACGGAGUUCAGAUUUGGCUGUUGUACAUAAUAAAGAGGAUGAGAAUGUACUUCGUCGUUACAGCCGGCACGGAUCCUGGAUUGGCCUGAGAGCUGAAGGAGGGAGAUGGAAGUGGAUCGAUGGAAGUGAUCUGACUGAAAGUGUCAGCUACCGGAUACAAGAACCACGACCUGCUGCUGAUGGUCAGUGUGCAUUUACUAACGUUAAGGACAGAUGGACAUCAGAGAGCUGUGCUGAGAGAAAAAGAUGGAUCUGCGAAAAGAAGCCUUUAUCUGUUUAAACACUGCAGUCAGACUUGAGAAGUUUACUGGAUACUCUGCAUGAUAAUAUCAACUGGCUUCAUAAAUAUCAAACUGUGAAGACUUCUAGUUCACAAUUGAGAUGUUUUGUUUUAAUAAAUAAACAUGUACAAGGGUUUUAUUUUUGUUAGAAGAGAAUAGAAAUAUUUCAAAGCUAUUUGUGUGUCGGUCAGAUGUAAUGUAUAUGUGAAUUAGAUAAUGGAUUCUAUAGGUAUGGCUACUGUCAAUCUGACAAUACAAUGACUCAGCUGAAGGAGGAAUGAACUGUUAAUUAUUAAUAACUCUGAAUGUGCUCUGGUUCUGCUUUAUUAGAGAUGUGAUGUUUAUAAUGUGUAUAUCAGCAGAUUGAUGAGAGGUAAAGACUGACUGCUCAGCUUCCUGUUUCCUGUGUGACAGGUUAUAUUGUUGCUCCUCAUGAGCCAAAAUGGGGGCACUGCAUCACUUGUUUUUCUUCAGCCUUUAAUGUAAAGCAUAUUGAUAUGUAGAGUGUUUUCUAUCUACUGAGUCUAGUGAGUGAGUGAGUCUAUCUAGAAGCAAAGUCCUGUUUCAAUACAUUGAAAUAAACACUGUGACACAUUG